UCAAAGCGGACGAACUGUCAAAGCUCACAUGUUUGCAAACGCAUCGUAAACAUCCAAGUCCGUGCACCACGUUUUUAGGAACAGUUUUGUGGGUAAAGUAAUUCAUUGCUUUUUACGAUGCCGAAAUCAAAGCGAGAUAAGAAAGUUUCCCUCACGAAAACCGAUCGGAAGGGUCUGUCCAACAAACAACAGAUCAUCGAGGAUAUCCAGCAAUGCCGCGAAAAGUACGACAACAUAUUCCUUUUUUCGGUACAAAAUAUGCGCAACAGUAAGCUGAAAGAUGUACGAACAGAGUGGAAAAAUUCGCGGUUCUUUUUCGGCAAGAAUCGUGUAAUGCAAUUGGGUCUGAAGUUGGUAAGCGACGAUGAAAACGAAGAAUCCACAAAGCUUGAGCAGGGAAUGGAGCGGCUGAGAGAACAAAUGAUGGGACAGUGCGGGUUACUGUUCACGUCCGAGAGCAAGAAAACCGUGCUGGAAUGGUUCGAUUCGUACCAGGUCGAAGAAUUUGCCCGCAGCGGGUUCCGGGCAACUCAAACGGUCAAGCUAAAGCCGGGCCCGUUGGAGGACUUUUCACAUGCUAUAGAGCCUCAUCUGCGCUCAUUGGGCAUGCCUACGAAGCUGGAUCGGGGAAUUGUGACGCUCUACAAAGACUUUACAGUGUGCGAGAAGAAUAAGUUGCUUACACCGGAACAAGCCAGAAUUUUGAAGCUGCUCGGCAAACCGAUGGCCAAAUUUAAGGUGAUUAUAAACUGCUGUUACACAAAAAAGGACGGAUUUGAGUUGAUCAACGAGCGAGAGAUUGAGGUGACGAAAAAAACGAGAAAAAUGAAAAAAUCGGUUAAGGUUGCCGGUCUCAAGAAUACGGAACAAUCGCAAGAUGCUAUGAGCGAAGAUGAGGACGAAGAUGAUGAAGCGAUGGAGCAAGAUGAUGAUGAUGAUGAUAGCGAUGAAGACGACGAUGAGUCCGACGAUGAGUCGUAGAUGGGUCUGAGCCGUACAAAUAAAGGAUAUAAAUAUACGAUCCUACACUAUUUUCUUGCAUUUAAA